CGUGUGCCCAAUUAAUUCUCGUCGAUUUGUACGAGCGGACUUCCACGACUCCAUCGGAAGACUGCUUCGAUUCGUUCAGCCCAUUCUGCAAGCCGACAGAAUCGUCGUCGAGGCCGAGACCCUGCAUGCAGGGCAUACUCAAUCCCGUAGCUGUAGGGAGGUGCGUUUCGAGAUGUAUGAGAUAGUUUCGCGUAAAUUUCCAAGACGCGCUUGAAAUGGCAUCAACUAUCCCAACUCCAGAUCGCAUUGUCUGCCUCGACGAAUGCCACUGCGAAAUCCCUUCCUUCGAUGUCCCGCAUACGUAUAAAGGCUAUAACAAUACAGCUCCCGAGCUUAUCGCAGAGAGAAUUCAAGAUGCAACCAUCAUUAUUACCACACGAGUACCUCUUUCUCGAGCGGCCUUAGAACAAUGCACACCAGAUCUCCGCCUUGUUGCCGUAAUGGCCGCCGGAUAUGAUAUAAUCGAUUUGGAUACCUGCAGAGAGCGAGGAAUAAAAGUCUGCAACAUACCUUCCGCGUCUGCAGAGUCGGUGGCUGAGCAUGCCUUCUCGCUGUACCUGGCAGUGAAACGAAGAAUCGUCGAGCUGGACGCCCUAACUAGGGCAGGAGAGGAGUGGCCUGCGAAGAAGACUGCAAUACAUCGAUAUGGGGGUCUGCCAAAAACAUGGCGAUCGGAAACGCUGGGCAUUGUUGGCUAUGGGACAUUAGGCAAACGAAUUGAAGUCAUUGCGAAGGCUCUCGGUAUGUCAACACUUAUAGCAGAUCGAAAAGGUGUCCCUAUAUCAUCUGUGCGCCCUGGACGAGUGCAGUUCUCCAAAACGUUGAAAGAAUGCACUGCCAUUGUUCUCUGUUGUCCUCUCGAUGCGUCAACGCAGGGUAUGAUAGGAGAGCGAGAGUUGCGCAACAUGGACAACGAAGCCAUUCUUAUAAAUGUAUCGCGUGGCGGCGUUGUUGACGAGAAGGCUUUAGUCGAGGCUUUACAAGGAGCAUGGAUUGCUGGUGCAGCCACAGAUGUCUUUGCGACUGAGCCUGCAAGUGUCUCGACAAGCCCCUUGUUGGCGCGCGAUGUUCCUAACUUGACACUUUCACCCCAUGUUGCCUGGUAUGCUGAUACAAGCAUCGAGAACCUGAAGACCACUAUCAAAAGCAACCUCGAAGCUUUUGUCGCAGGCUCGCCAGUCAAUUUGGUCUAAUGGAACAAGUUUCUAUGGACAUUCUGGCAUUCAAAUCAAGCUAUCUACACCAUUCUCAGAAUAUCCCAAGCUCCGCUUUAUACCACCUUGAAGACAGAUUCAAGCUUGCACCUCUACUUGGCUUACGACGGCCGUUUUUUCUGCGGCAACAUCAGCCACUUUAGCUGUGUACUCCUGUCGGACAUAGUUGU